CACGUGAAGCAGCCACGAAGAGACCCGAAGUUCACGGCGCAUGCGCACUCAUCACUCCUCCGAAGAGGAAGACAUGGCGGCGUCCCUGAUCUGCGGCCGUCUGACGGCCACCCUCAGAAACUCCUCCGGCAGGAGUUCCCUCAGCUCCGCGGCCAGGGUGCUGGGCGGAUGUUCGGCUCUGCUGGGAGGCCACGCCUCCUCGCCGCUGCAGCAGCAGCAGCACAGGAACCUGUCUCUCCACGAGUACCUGAGCAUCGGCCUCCUGAAGGAGGCGGGGAUUUCUGUUCCUGAAGGGAAAGUGGCCACGUCUGCAGAGGAGGCGUACACUGUGGCCAAGGAGAUCGGUUCGAAGGAUCUGGUGGUUAAAGCUCAGGUUCUGGCGGGCGGCAGGGGGAAGGGGACGUUUGAGGGCGGGCUGAAGGGCGGAGUCAGGAUUGUCUACUCUCCUGAAGAGGCGAGAGAGAUUUCCUCUCAGAUGAUUGGCAGGAAGCUCUACACCAAACAGACGGGGGAGGCGGGGCGUAUCUGCAACCAGGUGUUUAUCUGUGAGCGCAGGUAUCCACGCAGAGAGUAUUACUUUGCUAUUACUAUGGAGAGAUCGUUCCAGGGCCCUGUUUUGAUUGGCAGCUCUCAGGGGGGCGUGAACAUUGAAGACGUGGCGGCAGAAAAUCCCGACGCCAUCGUGAAGGAGCCCAUCGACAUCGUGACUGGAAUAAAGCUGGAGCAGGCGGUGAAGAUGGCUCAGAAGAUGGGCUUCCCGCCAGCACUGGUGAACGAGGCGGCAGAAAACAUGGUGAAGAUUUACAACCUCUUCAUCAAGUAUGACGCCGCCAUGGUGGAGAUUAACCCUAUGGUGGAGGACUCGUCUGGCAUCGUCAUGUGCAUGGACGCAAAGAUCAACUUUGACUCAAACGCUGAGUACCGACAGCACAGAGUGUUUGAGAUGCAGGACUGGACUCAGGAGGAUCCUCGAGACCAGCAGGCCGCCAAGGCCGACCUGAACUACAUCGGUCUGGAUGGAACCAUCGGCUGCCUGGUGAACGGAGCAGGUCUGGCCAUGGCCACCAUGGACAUCAUUAAACUACACGGCGGCACGCCCGCUAACUUCUUGGAUGUAGGGGGCGGAGCCACAGCUCACCAGGUGACCGAGGCGUUUAAACUCAUCACCUCUGACAAGAAGGUUCAGGCCAUCCUGGUCAACAUCUUUGGAGGCAUCAUGAGGUGUGAUGUCAUCGCUCAGGGCAUCAUCAUGGCCGUCACUGACCUGGACCUGAAGAUCCCCAUAGUUGUCCGGCUACAAGGGACGAGAGUGGACGAUGCUAAAGCUCUGAUCGCAGCAAGUCCACUGAAGAUCCUGGCCUGUGACGACCUGGACGAAGCUGCUAAGAUGGUGGUGAAGCUGUCUGAGAUCGUGUCCCUGGCUAAAGAAGCUCAGGUGGACAUCACCUUCCAGUUGCCCAUCUAACAGAACCUGGACCUUCAUCAUCAUUAUCAUCACUCCAUCUGAGAGGACUCUCUGAGGCACGACGACACCAUCACUCCUGUUUCCUGUUUCCUGUUUCCUGUUUCCUUUAAGUGUUGCACAUGAGUCGAUACGCACAAAUACACACACACACACACACACACACACGCGCGUCUGUUUCCUGGUACUUGUCAGGAGAAUCAGAACAGAUGAUGCUGUGACAUCAUCAUUAAUCACACAUGCAUGUGUGUAGCAUUAGCAUCUCUGAACAUGAAUGUCAAUAAAAACAUGACAUCACUGUCGUCCCGCCCAUAUACCCACAGCCAGCCAAUCAGGGCUCAGUGUCAGCUGACAGCCAGUUUAUCUUUUUAAAUACAAGAAUGUUUGUCCUCAUUUCUGCUGUCCAGGCCACAACCUCUGACCUCUGACCCACAUUAGCAUGUGUUUCAGUUAAACUGGUCUCAGAUAAACUGGUCACAGUUAAUCUGGUCUCAAACUGGUCACAGUUAAACUGGUCUCAAACUGGUUUCAAUUAAACUGGUCAUCGUUAAUCUGGUCUCAAUUAAACUGGUCAUAGUUAAUCUGGUCUCAGUUAAACUCGUUAAUCUGGUCACAGUUAAUCUGGUCACAGUUCAUUUGGUCUCAAUUAAACAGCGCCUGCGUCGUGCCUCAGAAACAGUGGAAUAACGGUGUUGUGAGUUCUUUGUAAAUAACCAAACACAUUUUGUGGCUCUGAAAUAUUUAUGCUCCUCAUGGAAAAACGACGACAAAAGACAAAGUAAAUAAAUACAGAGAAACUGAAA